AUGAACAGCAUGCUUCCUCAGAGGAGUGCGGUCUCCACACUGGGCUACGGCUCAGACUGUGUGAAGAUUGAGCACAGCAGCAGUGGCUCAGUGGGCGGGACAUUGCUGAGAGGCUCCCGCUCCAAGGCAGAGUUACAGGAUCUGAUGGAGACGCUGCAGCGCAGGAAGAGUGCUCUGGAGGCCAGCCUGAGGGCAGCUGAGUGCAGCCGCAAGUACCUCAGCGUGCCCUCACCUGUUGGACCCCAAUCCACCAGGACACUAUCCAUCCUCAGUAAUGCCGAUCGCCCUCCGUCUGCCUCUAGAAACUUCUACAUGACCAGCAGCAGCGUGCCUCCAUCACCUCGCCAGGGUGAACGCCAGCUGAGCCCUAACGGCUUGCUCCGUCAUUCCCACUCUCGCCACCAGUCACAGGACAGUCUGCUCCUCUCUAAUGCAGUAGAUGGAAGCUCUCUGCUCUCCUCUUAUGGGGAGCCCCUACCUCGUUCUCCCAGGGUCAAAAGUGGAGCAGCCAGCGUGCCGUCCAGCCCUCGCAUGGGCCGCAGACUCUACUCUCAGGGCAAAGCUGGAGGAGACUCCCGGCAGAGGAAAUACUCCACUGGCUCCCUCAACAGCUUGGGGAUGCAUAGCCGUUCUCUGCCACGGCUUCACAACACAGCAGACCCCCCUGCUCUGUCGCUCCCAUCACGCCACUCUAUGGGUUCCCACAGAGGAGUGGGGUCAGCAGGGCCGCGGCGCAGCCUCUCAUCUCUGGAGCAGCCACCAGAUGUGACUGUACCAGCCAGCAUGCCCAGCACUCCCAGGAGGGCCAGUCUGGCCUCUCUAAGCUCUCUGGGUGUAGAGCUCGAUGGGACAGGCUUAGAUCUGGGCUUUGGAGAGAGGAGGUUGUCCUUUGGGAAGGGCGGGUUGAGUCCAGGACAGAGAGUCGGCAGCAUCAGCUCUUUGAAUGGCAAGGAGGAGCUGAGAGACUACCACCAGCACCAGAGAGAUGAGCGACUCAGGGAGCAGAAAGUGCAGAGAUUGGAAUGCCAGCGCCUGGAGACCAUUUUGAACCUAUGCACUGAGUUGGGUCAGGUGGAAAGAGAGCCAGCGGGUUCAGCUGUUUCUGACCUGCAGAAGAUCAAUAAGGAGUUGGAGAAAUUGCAGGUGUCAGAUGAUGAGUCAGUGUUCUCUGACUCUCCCGGCAGCACUGCUCCAGACGGCUGCUUUGGGGCCAAAGCCAGAGAUUUCCAACUCUCUGAUGAGCAGCAGGUUAACCAGCGUCAGCAGGGCGGCUACAGAGAGCCGAGAUCCCAUUCACCAGCUAUCAGCCUGAACAGCAGUGCCCCCUCACCCUCCACCCAACAUAGAGUCAAAGCAUUGGAGAGUGUGCAGCUGAAACAGGAAGUAACGCAUAUAGAGGAAGAGAGGAUUCAAGUUCUGAACAACAUAGAGGAGCUGGAGCAGAAGAUCAAAGACCUGGACAACCAGAUGGAGGAGUCUGUCCGAGAGAUGGAGGUGGAGUGUGCUCUGCUAGAAGGGGAGCAGGAGUCCGAGAUGGGCCAGCUGCAGAGGGAAAAGGAGCUUCUGGACCAACUCAAGGAAAAGAUUCAUAGCAUUGAAAAGACGAGUCACACUGAGAAGUCACAGGAAGCUAAGGAGCAGACAAAAAGUUUGGAGGAUUUGGAGUUUCAGAAGCUGGAGAGAGAAAUUAAUCAGGACGAGGAAAAAGAGAAUCAGAGCCAAGAGCUGCUGCGAGAAAUCGCCGAGUGCCAGCGUCUUACUGUCACACGCAAGGAAAGACUCAUGACACUGAAGAAACAGUCCUCACAGAUCACCUUACAGGCUCAGCAAGAAAGAGAGAAUUUCCAGAGAGAAAAGAACAAUUUGCUUGUCAUGCUGCAGAAGGAGAGAGACAAACUGGUGUCUUUGGAAGGAAAGUAUGCAGAGUUGUCUGAGGGGCAGACCUUCACGAACAUCCCUGUAGCCAUCAAAGAGCACUUGCACUCUCUGAAGGAAAGGAGAAGAAGCAGCAAAGAAAACUCUUCCCACCCGAGUGACAGCCUACCUCAUAAGAGGAGCCAGCAGCUCCCCACCUCUUACGGCAGAUCCCUGGGACGAACGCUCCCUCCCAAGGCUCAUCUGCCUCUAUCCCAAAGCUCCAGCUGUGGCAGUGUCAUCCCACAAGGCUUCAGCUUCUCCACCCGGGACCUGAACACCCGUCGCCUGCCCAAGAGCAACAGCCAUGCACACAUGAAUGAAGACAGACAGAGAAGAAGUGAUUUCUGCAGCAGGAUGGUGUCAGAGCCCAACGUGUUCCUGGACUCCUUCUCUUACCCGGACAACAGCCAAGCCUCAGAUACCGUCAGUGUGGACAGCUCUGACAGCCUGGAGACCAGCUUCUCCGCCUGCUCCCCGGACAACAUCUCCAGUGCUAGUACCUCCAAUAUGGCGAAGAUUGAGGAGAUGGAGCGUUUACUCCGAGAGGCCCAGGCUGAGAAGCAGAGACUCCUCGAGCAUCGGGAGCGUGAGAUGGAGAUGCGCAGACAGGCUCUGGUGGAGGAGCGGCGAAGAAGGGAGGAACUGGAGAAACGACUGCAGGAGGAGACGAGCAGGAGACAGAAACUCGUAGAGAGAGAGGUGAAGCUCAGGGAGAAACAAAGAUCCCAGUCCCGUCUGUUGACACGCUACCUCCCUGUAAGGAAAGACGACUUUGAUCUUCACGGCCACAUUGAGGCAGCAGGACACAACCCAGAUGCCUGCUUCCAUCUGGCCAUCACUGAUAAAACCUGUCGGGGCUUCCUGGUCAAAAUGGGUGGCAAGAUAAAGACCUGGAAGAAACGCUGGUUUGUCUUCGACCAGAAUCGCAGGACGCUCACCUACUUUGCAGACAAACAUGAGACCAAGAUGAAAGGAGUCAUUUACUUCCAAGCCAUAGAAGAGGUGUACUAUGACCAUUUAAAGAAUGCACACAAAAGCCCCAACCCCUCGCUGACGUUCAGCGUGAAGACCCACGAUCGGGUUUACUACAUGGUGGCUCCGUCCCCCGAGGCCAUGCGUAUCUGGAUGGACGUUAUUGUUACAGGUGCUGAAGGACACAUGCAUUUCAUGGUGUAACUGAUCCCAACAGAUCAGGGCCCACACCACUACAUUUCUUUGGUAAACAUUGUGUCACAGCAUGAGAGGAUUUACGGCACUCUGCUCGUAUCAAACACGUUGUGUAGAGCUGAGAUGGAUGUUCAUCAGGUGAACAAAAAAUUAACUUCUGUUUACACUUGUAGUAUUUGUAGCCUACAAUGACAGUUCAUGCUCAGAAGCACACUUUAAUGUAUGUAGAAUGUAAUCAUGUAUAACAAAUGAAAAGAAUUGAUAUACAGGUUUCAUAAUUAAGCUAUGUAGUGUAUUUUUUUAUUUGUUUAUGUAGCAUAAGUGGCUGAAUCAUUACAAAAUCUUGCAACAAUUUAGCUGUUACAUUUUCCAAUCUCUGCUUGUCUCACACUCUCCCAGUCAUGUUUAGCUUUUAUUCAGUCAAAACUCUAUCAGGGAAGCUAUUAAAUGAUCGGCUACACUUCCAAAAUGCUGUACUCACUGAUGCAGCUUCUCUAUAACAGAUGCAUAUCUGUCAAACAGCUUUCUAUAAACUGCAGCCUUCUGUAAUUUCCUUAUCCCCACUUUUCAAACCAAAGUUCAUGUUGUAGGUCGACCUCUGUUUCGUCUCCUUCUUUUCAUUGCCUUCUCUUUUUUUCCCGUUUGACUCCAUCUUCUCAGUAUUUCCACAUCUUAGUCAGACUGAAAUUUAGCUCCUUUGAACAUCAGUGUAUCAGUGGGUCACAACUUCCUGGCGAUCUUUUCCUAGAUUAGAUCACCACGUCUGUAUUUGUGGUUGCUAGAAUGCACAUUUUUAUGUUAACUCAGAUUUAUUAUUUCUAUAUUGUCACUAAUAUUCCAAUGUACUUUGUGUGAGUUUUAUGUCACAUUUUUAACUCAAGCAUCUUGAUUGCUGCUGCCAGACUACCAGCAUAAGCUGCUCUUGUCUGCUUAUUUAAAGCAGGGCUGAAUGUCCACCAUUAGUAUUCCUUGAAAACUAGAUAUAUCUGUGUUUGCAUCAUUUUCUUCACACAUUCAAAUUUAAUUUGCGACGAAGAGAUUAUUACAGGCACUUUUUUACAUUUUAUUAUUAUUAAUUAUUUGUAAUUAGUGGCAAAUAUUCUACUCAUUAAAUUAGAAAAUGUUCCCAAAUCACAAUGGUACCGUGUUUCAUACCUACCGCUGUGCAACUAGCUCCUUCUAUCUAUAGUAGAGGCUGCUGACCUGAUAAAAUGAGGUCAUAUUGUGCAGCAGUGAUGCUGUAUGUGCUGCAUCACCCGCAUGUUCCUUAUACUAAAGCAUUUCAUUAUGUUUUUUCACCAGCAGAGGUCGUGAGUGCAGAGUGGUUGCACUGGAAUGACGUAAUGCUCAGGCUGGCUGGUCCAUAGUCACUUAAAUAAAUGAGCAGUUACUGAAAGAGCAGAGCCUCAAUGAUCCAUAUUUUCUAAUGCUCAUAUAUCAGAUAUGGACAUUUAUCAGCACAUGUAUACCAAGCUUAAGAUUUGCUUUUUGAAAGCAAAUCAUCAUGUAUAGGAUGAUGUGUAGGAGGAACACAAAAUUAUUUUUGCAAUUUUGUCUUAAAUGUGUUAUUAAAUCCAUAUAUUUAAUCUGUAUAUUCACUGAGUAUCUACACCAGUCUGACUGUGUUUGAUAAUGAAAGAUCACUUUAACGUCGAGUGACCAGCGCUUGGUUCACAGACUUCAGGGCUCGCUGUUUGUCUUGUGCUGGACCGGUGUUGGUUCACUCAGCCCUGCAGAGUGCCGAUCAGGCUGCAGAGCCGACAGUGUUGCAGAUGAGCUGUUGUCUUUGAUGGAUGCUUCUCAGUAAACAGAUGUAUCCAUCAGGUAAACAUCUCAUCCCUAAACUGUCAUCCACUGAAUGAGAUACACAAGCCUUGAAACCAAACAAAUUUCCACAUUUAUAUAUACAGUAU